CUUUGAUGAUAUGAAAGAUUGCCAGGCACCAUAAUUGGUCUCAGAGCUUCCUAAAACAAGUGCAGAUUUGAACUAAGGUGGUAGCAGCAGGAAUGAAUCAAAGUGUUUCAUGAUGAGGAAAUUUAGAAAAAUAGAGACUUCCCAAGAAAAUUGAAACAUAAAAGUGGAAAUUGGGAAAUCUGAGUCUUAUUGAAAAGGAUAAAAAGUAAAGUGGACGGAGAACUUUGGAGAAUCCCUUCAUGAAAUCAGGAGGUCACAAAUCACAUUGAGCCAAAACGCAUCCAGUGAUUUCUUCAAUUACAAACAAAAUGAAUAUUCCCAUGCUGCUGCCACAUCCCCACCAGCGGUUCCUAAAAGGCCUUUUAAGGACACCUUACCGACCUUACCACUUCAUCUUCCCCUCACGAACUCAUCUCGGAUCAGGAACCCCGUGUGCUCAGCCAUUUAAUUCUCUUGGACUCCAUUGUACAAAGUCGAUGCUGCUGUCAAAUGGUUUAAAGAGAAAAUUAUGUGUACAAACAACCUUAAAGGACCACACAGAAGAACUUUCUGAUAAAGAACAAAGAUUUGUGGAUAAACUUUAUACAGGUUUAAUCCAAGGGCAAAGGGCCCGCUUAGCAGAGGCCAUAACUCUUAUAGAAUCAACUCACAGCAGGAAAAAGGAGUUAGCCCAUGUGCUUCUUCAAAAAGUAUUAGUCUACCACAGAGAACAAGAGCAAUUAAAUAAAGGAAAACCACUAGCAUUUCGAGUAGGAUUGUCUGGGCCUCCUGGUGCUGGAAAAUCAACAUUUAUAGAAUAUUUUGGAAAAAUGCUUACUGAGAGAGGGCACAAAUUAUCUGUGCUGGCUGUAGACCCUUCUUCUUGUACUAGUGGUGGAUCACUCUUAGGGGAUAAAACCCGAAUGACUGAGUUAUCAAGAGAUAUGAAUGCAUACAUCAGGCCAUCUCCUACUAGAGGGACGUUAGGAGGUGUGACAAGGACAACAAAUGAAGCUAUUCUGUUGUGUGAAGGAGCAGGAUAUGACAUCAUUCUUAUUGAAACCGUGGGUGUGGGUCAGUCGGAGUUUGCAGUUGCUGACAUGGUUGACAUGUUUGUUUUACUAUUGCCACCAGCAGGAGGAGAUGAAUUGCAGGGUAUCAAAAGGGGUAUAAUUGAGAUGGCAGAUCUGGUAGCUGUAACUAAAUCUGAUGGAGACUUGAAGGUGCCAGCUCGAAGGAUUCAAGCAGAGUAUGUGAGUGCACUGAAACUACUCCGCAAGCGUUCGGAAGUCUGGAAACCAAAGGUAAUUCGUAUUUCUGCCAGAAGUGGAGAGGGGAUCUCUGAAAUGUGGGAUAAAAUGAAAGAAUUCCAGGACCUAAUGCUUGCCAGUGGGGAGCUAACUGCCAAACGACAGAAGCAACAGAAAGUUUGGAUGUGGAAUCUCAUUCAGGAAAGUGUGUUAGAACAUUUCAGGACCCAUCCCAUGGUCCGGGAACAGAUUCCACUUAUGGAAAGAAAGGUUCUCCUUGGAGCCCUGUCCCCAGGUCUAGCAGCAGACUUCUUACUGAAAACUUUUAAAAGCAGAGACCAAUAAAAUUUAUCCAAUAUCAUAA